AUGCGAGCACUGAUCCUUGACCCAGAUCAACGCAGUGCCGAUGUGCGCGAUGUGCCGAAGCCAAAACCGUCCAGCGGCGAUGUACUCAUCAAAGUCGAAUAUGUCGCGCUCAAUCCCGUCGAUUCUUUGUAUGUUGCAGAGCCACUGGCAACCUCCCGCCGAGUCCUAGGCAGCGACUUUGCCGGGCAUGUUGUCGAGAUCGGCUCCGAUGCUGCCUCGAACGGCGGUCUCAAGUCAGGUGACCGUGUCGCCGGAUUCGUCCAAGGUGCAAGCAGUGUCAACGAACGACCUGGCGCCUUCGCAGAACACGUGAUCUCUCCCUGGGAUCUGUUGUGGAAGGUGCCAGAUGACAUGGGCUUGGACGGGGCAGCUACCGUCAGUCUGUGUGCGCUGACUGCUGCUCAAGCUCUGUUCUAUCGAAUGGGUCUGCCGCCGCCGUGGGACGAGUCGAAAUCCAGAAGCACUCUGUCGACCCUCGAGCCACAGUAUUUCCUCGUUUAUGGAGCAUCAACAUCAGUCGGUCUCUUUGCCGCUCAGCUAUUGCAACAGAUGGAAGCUAAGCUUGACACAAGAAUCAUCUUGAUCGGCGUAGCCAGCAAGAAGCAAUGGGAGAUGCUGAAGGCUCCACCGUACUCCUACGACCACUUGUUGGACUAUCGAGACCCGGACUGGCUGGCGUCUGCGGAUGCAUUGACGUCUGGCAAAGGCUUGGGAUAUGCGUACGAUUGUAUCUCGGAAGGGGAAACUGUGGCGAAGAUCGAUAGUAUCAUGCAGCCGACAGGACGACUGAUGGUGGUCCGAUCAAUACAAGGCGGUGCGUGGACGGUGCCCAAAGAGUUCAAGGUCGAACCAUCGUAUGGCGCGGUAUGGGAAGGGUUGGGUGAGGAGGUCCAGUAUAAGGGAAUGAACCUGCCAGCGAACCCCCGAGCUCGAGCAUUUGCUGUCGAGUUCUAUCGGUGGCUCUCGUCUAGGAGGACCGUGCAACCGAGCAGAGUCAGACUGAUGCCGGGAGGUUUGGACAAGAUUGCAGCCGAUGGGUUCGGAUUGCUGGGCUCUGGUACCAUGGACGACAGGGUCAAGAGAGACGAAGAAUGGAUGAAGCCAAUCAGUGCUGAGAAGUUGGUGUAUCAGCUGUCCUGGACAGGAUGA